UUCUUUGAGUAGCCAACACAAACCAUGACACAAACACCAGCCAAUGUGCAGCAACUGAUGAGAGGUGACCGACUCAUGUUGUCAUCCUCCGAUGACAAUGUGAUGUUGGAGCAGAUUCAUGGAACCCAUUCUCCUGAUGGGCGUGAGGUUGAUGUCAGAUCUCUUCUUCGUAUUGUUGAGGACAUACUCAAACGUACCACGCCAAGCAUUAAUACCAUUGCUGCCCUGGGUAUUCAACCACCUACAAAAGCUUUAGAGGACAAGACCUAUCAAGCCAGCUUCAUCGGCGUUCCAGAAGCUUUUGCCCUGGAUCAAAUUUCCUGCCAUUUAACCUGCCAGUGUUCGGGUAGCGGGGGUGCACAUGCAAAUACAAUCUCAAUAUUGAAUAUGCUAAGUAAUUAUUCAUGGGAUGCAAAGUUGGUGCUAGCCUUAUCAGCUUUUGCAUUGAACUAUGGUGAAUUCUGGCUUGUUGCUCAGAACUACACUUCAAACCAACUUGCCAAAUCAAUGGCAAUCCUUAGACAACUACUUGAGAUUUUGGAGCAUUCUAACAUCCUAAAACCCAACUUUGAUGCAAUAAAUAACCUUACCAAAGUGAUGCUGGAUAUUACAAGAUGCAUUGUGGAGUUUAGGGAGCUAACAGCUAAGUACAAGACAACUGAUAUUGCUGCACUGUCCAUGGCCUUGGAACAUAUACCAAUUGCUGUCUACUGGACCACCAGAAGUGUCGUGGCUUGUGCAUCCCAGAUUGUUGGCCUUACGGGAUUGGGACAUGCGCACACAGUUUUAACUACAGAGGCUUUGGAGCUAUCGACCCUGACUCAUAAGGUCAGCAACAUGCAUGGUAACCUAGCAACUCAAUUGGCUAUGUGCAACAAUCAUGUAGAUGAAAGAAAGCAAAUUGAAGCUUUUCAGAACCUAAAAAAUUUGUUUGACAUGACCCAUGAUGACAACAUGAGGAUUCUCAGGGAAUUGAUUUAUCCAAGGGAUGACCAACAACCACUUGUUGAUGGAGCCACCAAAAGAAGGGUUAACAUUGAUGUUCUAAGGAGAAAAAAUGUUUUACUGCUCAUAUCGGACCUCGACAUGUUGCAAGAAGAACCUACUAUUCUUGAACGGAUAUACAAGGAGGUUUCACAAAUUCCAAUAAAGCAGGAGAGUCAGUACGAAGUUGUGUGGCUCCCGAUUUUAGACCCAGAUUCCCCAUGGACUGAGACUAGGCAAAAGCAAUUCGAGAAUCUGCAAGCAACCAAAUUGCAAGCAACAAUGCCAUGGUACAGCAUUCGCCAUCCUUCCUUGAUCGAGCGAGCAGUGAUCAAGUUCAUAAAGGUGGUCUGGAAUUUCAGGAAGAAGCCAAUUCUUGUGGUGAUAGACCCGCAGGGACGGCUUGCAAAUACAAAUGCGCUCCACAUGUUGUGGAUUUGGGGGAGUAUGGCCUUCCCUUUCACUAGCACGAGGGAGGAUGCUCUAUGGAAGCAAGAGACUUGGAGACUUGAAUUAUUGGUGAAUGACAUUGAUCCAACGAUUUUGAACUGGAUAUCAGAAGGAAGAUACAUAUGCAUCUAUGGUGGAGACGAUAUAGAGUGGAUCCGAAAGCUUACGACAACCACACGUGGUAUGGCACAAGCUACUGGCAUUUCAUUGGGGAUGGUUUAUGUUGGAAAGAGUAACCCCAAAGAGCGUGUGAGAAUAAACACUGAAACCAUCAGAGUAGAAGAACUCAGUCACUACUGGACGGACAUGACUUCUGUUAUGUAUUUCUGGGUUAGGAUAGAAAGCAUGUGGCAAUCUAAGAUGCAACUAGGAAUAAAUGUAGAGAACGAUAGUGUAAUGCAAGAGAUUAUGACAUUGCUUAGCUUUGAUGGCAGUGAGGGUGGAUGGGCCUUGCUCAGCAGAGGAUCGUCUGAGAUUGUUAGAGCAACAGGGAGCACAUUUUUAAAUUGCUUAAUGCAGUAUGAUGUGUGGAAAGAGCAAGCACAACUAAAGGGUAUUGUGCCAGCAAUUAGAGAUCACCUUACGAAGCUUCAAACCCCACAUCGCUGCAACCGCAUCGUGCUACCAGGUACUGCUGGGAGGACGCCGGAAAGAGUGGUAUGUUCAGAGUGUGGACGUACGAUGGAGAAGUUUAUCAUGUAUAAAUGUUGCAACGAAUAAACAGGCACAUACACUUGUAUUACACAUUUACCAUUAUACUAACAUUGCAUGAUGCUUCUUAUU